GGCGGCGGGGGGAGGCCGGGGCCGGGGCCGGGGGCGCCGCCGGGGCGCGCGGGGCAGCGGCGGGGGCCGCGGGGGCCCGGGCGCGCGGGAGCGGGAGCGGCCUGGGGAGCCGGAGCGCACCAUGGAGGCGGCGGCGGGCGGCCGCGGCGGCUUCCAGCCGCACCCGGGGCUGCAGAAGACGCUGGAGCAGUUCCACCUGAGCUCCAUGAGCUCGCUGGGCGGCCCGGCCGCCUUCUCGGCGCGCUGGGCGCAGGAGGCCUACAAGAAGGAGAGCUCCAAGGAGGCGGGCGCGGCUGCGGUGCCGGCGCCGGUGCCCGCGGCUGCCGAGCCGCCGCCGGUGCUGCACCUGCCCGCCAUCCAGCCGCCGCCGCCCGUCCUGCCCGGGCCCUUCUUCAUGCCGUCCGACCGCUCCACAGAGCGCUGCGAGACCGUGCUGGAGGGCGAGACCAUCUCGUGCUUCGUGGUGGGCGGCGAGAAGCGCCUCUGUCUGCCGCAGAUCCUCAACUCGGUGCUGCGCGACUUCUCGCUGCAGCAGAUCAACUCGGUGUGCGACGAGCUGCACAUCUAUUGCUCGCGCUGCACGGCCGACCAGCUGGAGAUCCUCAAAGUCAUGGGCAUCCUGCCCUUCUCGGCGCCCUCGUGCGGGCUCAUCACCAAGACGGACGCUGAGCGCCUGUGCAACGCGCUGCUGUACGGCGGCGCCUACCCGCCGCCCUGCAAGAAGGAGCUGGCGGCCAGCCUGGCGCUGGGCCUGGAGCUCAGCGAGCGCAGCGUGCGCGUGUACCACGAGUGCUUCGGCAAGUGCAAGGGGCUGCUGGUGCCCGAGCUCUACAACAGCCCGAGCGCCGCCUGCAUCCAGUGCCUCGACUGCCGCCUCAUGUACCCACCGCACAAGUUCGUGGUGCACUCGCACAAGGCCCUGGAGAACCGGACCUGCCACUGGGGCUUCGACUCGGCUAACUGGCGGGCCUACAUCCUGCUCAGCCAGGACUACACGGGCAAGGAGGAGCAGGCGCGCCUCGGCCGCUGUCUGGACGACGUCAAGGAGAAGUUCGACUACGGCAACAAGUACAAGCGGCGGGUGCCCCGGGUCUCCGAGCCCCCGGCCUCCGUAAGAAAAGCAGACGACGCCCCCUCCCAGCACCCCACACCCUCCGAGAAGGACAAGCAGUCUGGCUGGCUGCGGACUCUGGCCGGCUCCUCCAGCAAGAGCCUGGGCUGCAUCCACCCUCGCCAGCGCCUCUCUGCCUUCCGACCCUGGUCCCCUGCGGUUUCUGCGAGUGACAAAGAGCUCUCCCCACACCUCCCAGCCCUGAUUCGAGACAGCUUUUACUCCUACAAGAGUUUUGAGACGGGCGUGGCCCCCAACGUGGCCCUAGCACCGCCAGCCCAGCACAAGGUGGCGAGCAGCCCGCCCUGCGCCACGGUCGUCUCCCGGGCCCCCGAGCCCGUCACCAGCUGCGUCCAGCCUCGGAAGCGGAAGCUGACAGUGGACACCCCUGGAGCCCCGGAGACGCCGGCACCCGGGCCUGCCCCCGAGGAGGAGAAGGACUCGGAGGCCGAGGUGGAGGUGGAGGGAAGAGAGGAGUUCACCUCCUCGCUGUCCUCGCUGUCCUCCCCGUCCUUUACCUCAUCCGGCUCCGCCAAGGACCUGAGCUCCCCGGGCCUGCUCGCCCUGCCUGCGGCGCCCGGCGCCCCCGAUGCCGCGGCCCCCGCCGACGCCCCAAGCAGCGGGCUGGAGGCCGAGCUGGAGCAUCUGCGGCAGGCCCUGGAGGGCGGCCUGGACACCAAGGAAGCCAAAGAGAAGUUCCUGCACGAGGUGGUGAAGAUGCGCGUGAAGCAGGAGGAGAAGCUGAGCGCCGCGCUGCAGGCCAAGCGCAGCCUCCACCAGGAGCUGGAGUUCCUGCGCGUGGCCAAGAAGGAGAAGCUGCGGGAGGCCACGGAGGCCAAGCGCAGCCUUCGGAAGGAGAUCGAGCGGCUCCGGGCUGAGAAUGAGAAGAAGAUGAAGGAGGCCAACGAGGCGCGGCUCCGCCUGAAGCGGGAACUGGAGCAGGCGCGGCAGGCGCGCGUGUGCGACAAGGGCUGUGAGGCCGGCCGCCUGCGGGCCAAGUACUCGGCCCAGAUCGAGGACCUGCAGGUGAAGCUGCAGCACGCGGAGGCCGAUCGCGAGCAGCUGCGGGCUGACCUCCUGCGGGAGCGGGAGGCCCGGGAGCACCUGGAGAAGGUGGUGAAGGGGCUGCAGGAGCAGCUGUGGCCACGGCCCCGCUCUGAGGCCACGGGCGGCGAGAGCACGGCCGAGCUGGAGCCCUAGCCGGACCCACUGUCUGCUGCGCGGGGCGGACGCCGCAGGGUGGGCGGGCGGGCGGGCAGGUGGGCGGCGGGGCUGGGGGCUCCGUGCCGGCGGGGCCGCUCCCUACCCCCCACCCCGGCCCCCCCAGCCCCGGUCCAUAUAGCACAACGUCUUACUGUGCCUAGAACCAAGCAAGUGUUUGGAACCACAUACUUUUGGAAUCCACUGCAAAAUUUUCUACUGGCCAAGGUCAAGCAAGCACGCCGGUCCCCACCUGCAGCCGGCGUCGAGGCCAGCUCGGUAGCUGCAGCUGGCGCUCCGCUUGCCGGAUCGUUCUAACAUUUACACUUUUGUGAUAAGCUAUUUAAAACCCAUAAGGAGACUUGAUAUUCAAAGAAAUCAACAUGUUUUUUAAUGACUAACUUUUAAAAGCCCCACCCACACGUGACGCCACCUGAGGACCCGCAAGGGAGCCAGGGUGGCAGCCGCCCUGCCCCUCGAAGCCAUCACAGCUCAUCCCGCGCCCGCGGCCGCGUGACAACACAAAGGGUUUUUCUCCAGAGUCUAUUUUUUCAGCCACAAGGAACCCCGUCUCCUGUGCUGCCACCGGGAAGGGCACGGAGAGCACCGCGCAGGCACGAUGAGCUGGAACACUGCCGCCUUACCCGCCCGCCGCUCCGGCCCGCCUUCCACAGGUGUGUCCGCAGGUGUGCUUGGAGGCGACGGGAGAUGGGUCCACGCUGGCUGGGCACACGCGCCCUCGACCAGGCAACCCUCUCAAUUCGGCAAACGUUGCUCCUUCUGUUUGGGGACUGAGGCUGCAGCAUUGGAACAAAACACAGCAUUAUUUCACUUCUUGUUUGUUCGUUCAUUUAAACGUAUAUUUAGAACUGCACUUUGUCAAAAAUCUUCCCUUCUCUUUUUAUUCCCCAGUUAACUGAGGUUUUUACUUUCAAAUACUGCAAACCGAUUUAUAGAGCAUUCACAUCCUAAGUGCUCAAGUGUUUAGAAACCCCUCUGGUGCUUGGUUGAACAAGGGAAUCACACGAAAACGAAAAUGCAAAAACUGAACUUCGGGGGGUAGUUCUGUGCCUUCCAGCAUCUUGUACAGCAAACCCUGACUUGUCUUUUUACCCCCAAAAUAUGUCUUCAGUAGCUAUUGAAUCUGCCACUAUCACAAUGAGUUACUUGCAUUUAUUCCAAAUAAUCUCGUUUACUCUCAACUGUAUGCGAAUUGUAUAAGGUUUCUUAUGCCCAAGCUUGAAAAAUGAUUUCCCAGUAGACGAGGUGGCUGCCCGUCCUAAAAUCAUGGUAUUUAUUUACAUGGAGAGAUCUUACCAGAACCCUCUGCCCGAGUCCGUUCCAGCACCCCGGCAGCUGCGAGCGUGGCCGGGGGUGGUGCCGCAACCGCCGAGUGGAGCGGAGACCGGGUGACGGCAUCGUCGGUGGGGUUUUGCCCUUGGUUUACUGGGUGGGGGCCGGGUGCUGCCGGCCUCCCUUCUAAAGUGCAAUGCAAAAGGGACAUCGUGUAUAUGCAGCGUUUGUUUGGUUGUUGUUGUUUGUUUUUUGUUUCUUUUUUGUUUUUUAAUUUUUUUGCUUCUGUUUUUCUUUGCAGUUAUUAAAUCUGUAUGCAUGGAAUUUAAAACCUCUGCCAUACGUAUAUCCACCGAUGGGCAUUAUUACCGUGUCGUGUAGAGGGUCGGUUGUGUCACGCAACACUCAGAAUGCUGUGUUUAGCUUUGUUUUUCCAGAGUUGUGUUUUUGCGGUCAUUUCUUCAAGGGAAAGUAAAUGAUGUAGUUGGAGCAAAGCGUGAA